CAGGAUAUAACUCUAGAUGUCUUUGCUUACCUACUGCCUUUGCUAAGUGGCGCCUCUUCAAUCAGUGGUACUUCAUUUUCAAAUCACCUAGAUGUUACCUACAAACGAUGUGCUUCCACAUUUAAACUCGAGCCGAGUCUGUACUCUAUACAGCAACAUUUUUGAUUUCACUGCGCCAUUUCGCUUCCAAAAACUAGAAUCGAGUUUCUUAUUAUAUUGUUCUUUUCCCAAUUUUCUAAAAUCCCUAGAAAAACCUAUAACAAAUCGCACCGUCCUCGUAUUUCAGCCGUUUCCUAAGUAUUUGAGAGCAUACCUACACAUCGAUAAUGUACCGAAGACUGCACUUCCGGCAAUUGCAAAGUACCACUUCAGUGCUAAUAUAAUAAUAUAAGAUUGAUUCCGCUCUUUAAAUAAAAAUCCCCGACGAAUGAGUGUACAAGCAUACGCACAAAGAAUUGAUAACAAAAUCACCGCCUCAGUCGAGUAACUAAUUUAUAAAAACAAGGCAAUUCUUCACUCAAAAGCGAGUAUUUACGAACACAGCCAUCAAUUUCGCAUUCAGUUUGACUGAAAUCGUGGAGAAUGGCGCAGCGUUUGAUAUUCUUGUCCCUUCUGUGUGGGCAUCUUUUGUAUUCGGGGAAUUGUGCGGCACCCAUUCAAAGUAGCGCCAAUGUAGCGCCAUUUCUCACCUAUCUUUGUGACGAUGAUUUAUUGAAGAGCGCGGUCAACAAGGUAGAGCAUUUGAGCUUGAAAUUGGAGAAUUAUAAUCUGCGUAUUCAAAGUGAAUUAAUGGCAAUGAAGGAGCAGCUUCUUCGUGAAGUAAAAACAAAUCUCGAUUUGUUAGAUUCGAAAAUUACAGCGAAGAGUAAUGAAGCCAGCAACAAUGUGGUUGCAGCGCCGCCUCCAACUAAGAAACCAGCAUCAUGUACCGAAGCCAUGCGUCAAGCAAAUGGGAAAUAUGCAGAGAGUGGCGUUUAUGAACUUUAUCUGCCAGAAUUUCUUCAACACCCUUUCUAUGUUUACUGUCUAGGUGAUCCCAAUGGCGGUGAACCAUGGACUAUAAUUCAACGUCGUCAAAGCAACGACACCGACUUCUACCGUGGGUGGGUCGAGUAUGAACACGGUUUCGGCGACUUGAAUGCCAAUUUCUUUCUCGGCUUGGAUAAAAUACAUGCUCUGACGAAUUCGCGAUCUCAUGAUCUUUGGUUUCAAUUGGAGGAUUUUGAAAAUGAGAAACGUGUUGCCAAGUACGAUUAUUUCGCUAUAGGCAACGCUCAAGAUAAGUAUAAGUUAAUUGCGCUUGGACAAUAUUCAGGCACGGCCAGUGACUCGUUCUCUUAUCAUUUCGGGCAAAAAUUCAGCACUAAAGAUAAUGAUAAUGACAAAAGUAGUGAGAACUGUGCAGUGAAAUAUAAGGGCGCUUGGUGGUAUCAGAAAUGUUAUGGCAGCCAUCUGAACGGUCCAUAUUUACGAGGAGAGUUUCAGAAGGAUCAGAUAGGCAGAGGCGUGGUGUGGGGUAACUGGCGUGGACUUGAUUACUCCCUCAAAUAUGUACAUAUGGCUAUAAGACCAAAGUAUUAUUACUGAGGUGGUGGUUUGCAAUUGAAAACCUUAGGCUCCAUUUAGUUUUAAACAUUAAGAUUGUGACGAAACAGCCUCCGGAAAUUUGAAUUAAGUUCUCCGGUUAAAUCAUAUUUCAAAAAAACGUAUUUUGCUAAGUUGGUAGGACUGUCUGUAAAUACUAUGCCAAUUUUCGAAAAAUAGAUUUUUUGUUGCAUUAUCGCCUCGUUCUGGACGAUCUUCAACUGAUGAAAAUACUAAAAGAAUGAAGGAUUGAAUAUCGUCAAGCAAGUGUUAGAGAGAUGACAAGAGAGCUCGAAAUAUCUCGCGAGUCCAUUCGGAUGAUUUUGAUGGAUAUUUUGAGUAUGAAACGCGUUC